GGGAUGAUAUAUACUAGGUAGGCAAGCUUGCAUGAGGCUCUGUGAAUUUCUUUUUUUCGUCUUCCCCUAUGAUCAAUAAAUAUACGAGGACAUCUUUUCUUGAGAGAAUCAAGAGACGAACGAAAAUAAAAAGGAUAAGAAGAUACUGACAGAGUGGUCUUUGGCAAAGUGCAAAUUAAAAUCUACGACUUUGAGACGUGCGUGAGGAAAGAGGAAACAGAAAGCAAAACGGCAGGCACGGUUGCUACAUUUGACUCGAAGGCAAACCUCGAAGACUUGACACGAUAGCCAUCGGGCAAUAGACCUUCGGCACAGUAUUCGAGAUGCCAAAUUCAUGGUUUCCCUCGGGGAAAGAGGCUAGAGAGGGAUGGCGAUUAGAUAUUGUGUCACUUUUGGCAGUCAUAGGGGAGUCUGCCAUGGCUGAUCACUCUCAGACUAUGACCUCGUCUUGGAUGUGUAUGCUCCCCCGAAUCAUUCCCGCCCCGCAGGUCCUCCUCAAAUCUUCUCGUCCCUCUCGAAUGCCACAAGUCAACGCUGCUGUGGUCGGUGUACAUAAUGGGGUUUAUGUACAAUCACUCAACUUCUUCCCAAACAUCAUACAUCCAAUAGAAGAUCUCAAGCCUUUCGAGUUCAAAGUCUUCAAAAUCAGUCAUGCAAAUGCCUCUGCUCGGUCGGCAACUCCACCUACACCCUCGAACAAGGAGAGACAGGUUUCGGCUUCUAGCAGUAUCGAAACUUCACAUUUAGAGAGCGGAACAAUUCCUCAACCUCGACGCCGGGAUACGCUCAGAGCCAAAAUCACCCAUCAUGGAACCAAUGUUGACGACAAGAAACCCCACGUACCAGCCAAAUUCUGGUCACCUCUGAACUGUCUUUCUCUGAUAUCAUUCCUCUUGACUAUUGGACUUCUUAUAUGGGCUGUAUUGACCCAUGACGGAACAGCAUGUGUUGCACUCUUUACUAUCUCUCUUGCCUCAUCAAUUGUCGGUUACGCAUCUUAUUGGUCACCCGCACUCAUGAAUCGCAACAACAACAUCAAAGUUCCACUGGGCGAUGUCGUGAUCCGCACCAGGGAAGGAGCAUUCGUCGUAGUUAAAUGUAAUGAAGAAGUUGCCAGAGAACUAUAUAACGGAACUGAGGAAUGCCAAUAUUCUGUUGGCACGGAUCUCUACCGAGUACUUGUCGGCAUCGGUACUUGUCUACUCAUGGUCUCAGUCGUGCUUCUUGGAAAUUGUGAUUUUCAAAUGCAAAUCUCUAUUGGUGCGUCCUAUAUCGUUCUCAACGGCGCGUACUGGGGGGUAGCUUUGAUGAACAAAAAGAAAUUCUGGGAUCUUUCGAGUUACAAAUGUGAAGAGAUUACACCUGAUUAUGCAAGAGGUGCAAAUCUGGAGCAAGACCCGAACAAUGUUGAAGGGAGGCCCUCUUUCACUAGAACAUUGUGGUACGCGAUCUUAGAGACAAAGAAAAUUGGUUGGGUGAAGACGAGUGGGGCUGCACCAACGACAGCGAAGUGGGAGGAAUGGUUAGGAAAGGCAGAAAAGGCGGCCAUCAGGGGAGAUCUGAGAUGGGAUGCUGUGCGCCAGAAAGAUACGACUGUUGGCGAAUCGGACUCAGUGCCGCAAGCUGAAGCAGCAUUCAAAGAUACGGCUGCGGAACAUGCGCCUGCAGUCCAAAUUCCAAUGGCAGAUCAUAUCAACACUGAGUGAAUAUGCGACCCACGCUUAUUACCUAUACAUAUAAAGAAUCGCCUACUACCAGCACCAACUCACGGGCCUGAUGGCGCAGUAGGCAAGUCCGUGUUCCAAAUGAACGCCUGUUGAGUUGGUGUGUAACAGAAAAAACGUACGGAAAGCCGAUGUUUCUGGGAGCGACCCCAGUUUUGCUAUUUUGAUGGUUUAUUUUUAUCCUUUUGGGGGUCGCUGGACCUCGGAUUAUGGAUGGAUAAUUUGACUUGGGAUGGAGGAAGAUAAUUUGAGAGAUGUGUUCGAGAUACCCUGAUAUUGAAGAGAUGACUACAUAGUCACUUUGAAGAUUGAUUAAUAAAUGUCUUAUUUGCGUUGGUAAAUUUAGCGUUGCAUCUUUGGCUAUUUUAUAGGAAGGGAGAGAUCUCAGUGCGUCCUUGGGGUUGUUUAGAUAUCUCAUCUUUGCUUUACUUCUAGUACAGUAAGUAGUAUUUAUCAUUGCUAGGUCGUUUUAGAGGCUAGAAGAGAUGGAUCAAUAAAAUUUCAUAUACA